AUGAAGGUGCCUUGCUGUUCAUUGGUAGCUAAGAACCGAGAGAAUGAAGUAGUUGGUAUAUCUUUAAAUACGAUAUACAAGUACGACGAUCUACCACAGAGUACGCAGAAUGCAACGGUAGAGGAUUACAAGCUUCUCAUCGACGAAGGACCUUACGAGAAUCGGAAUGCCAACCGGCUGGCUGUAUUCAUUGAUGGGGCUGAGGAAGGGCUGUUCAAGUUCGUAUCGCCUUGGGCUAAGAUUUUCAAAUUGGACAUUUUGGCGGUUCGAAGCGACCAGGCGGGGUGAGUUUGUAGUAUAUGUAGCUGUUGAUUUAGGUAUAGACAUAAAUAGAAGUAUUGAUAUAUGUAUAGGCAUAGGUAUAAGUAGGUACAAGUGUAGCUAUAGUUGCCGGCAAACCUAUAGGUCUAGCUACAGGGAUAUGGACUAGGUUAAUAGUAGGUACAAGUAAACAUAUAUAUGAGUAUGAGAUAUACAAUAAACACUCUACAUUUUAGUAAAGGCCUAGGCUCGUAUCUCCUAAAGUCAGCCUUAGAACUUGCUGUGCGACAUCAGUGCACUCAUGUAGCUACGUGUGCUACAGCUCAAGCAUCGCAACGAUUAUUUAUUAAGAAGAGUUUUUUGACGGUAAAAGAGACUUUCUUCGAAGACUUCAAAGACAACGGAGACCCCAUCUACACCAAAGUACCAGACCAUGGGAAAAGUGCCAAACUCAUGCUACUGCCUUUACAAUAA